CUUCUAAACUGUCUAGAACUGGUGCAGUCCCUCUUACCUCCUGGCGUUGUGCAAGUGCUGGCGGAUGUCAAUGACCCUGGCAUUGCCCAUAUCUCCUUCACGGGUUCGUCAGCAACCGGCAAGAACAUCAUGUACGCUGCUGCUAAGACGCUCAAGUGGGUAGCAUUAGAGCUGGGAGGACACAAUGCUGCCAUCAUCUUGCCCGAUGUGGACAUUGAAAAAGUGGCUCGGCCGGUCGCCAUGGGCACGUGGUGGACUUCCGGUCAGUCAUGUGUUGCGGUCAAACGUGUUUAUAUCGAUGGAUCCAUAUAUGAGCGCUUCAUGCGCGCUCCGCUAGACUUUGCCCGCUCUCAGUUCACGGUCGGAUGUUCUGGAGUCGAUGGUGCCACCGUCAUGGGCCUGAGCCAGAACAAGAUGCAGUACCAGAAACUGAGAGAGCUGAUUGAAAGCUGUCGACGAGAAGGCUGCACUAUUUCGCUAGAUGAACCUCACACAGCAAAGGACGAUCUGGAACGGCAAUCCCUCGAGUCGGGGUUCUUUCUCUGGCCGACGAUUGUAGAUAAUCCGCCGGCUGAUUCCCCGCUGGUGUCUGAAGAACGGUUUGGCGGGUUAUACUACCGACAGGUGAGAGGGACAAGACCGAUCAUCCCCUGUAUGCCUUCCUCUGAUAUCGAUGCGGUGAUUGCCGCUGCCAAUUCAACUUCAACCGGAUUGAGCGCAAGCGUAUGGGGCAAGCAUGCAGAGACAACGCAGCGGAUCGCGGACAGUCUAGACGUAGGAACCGUUUUCGUCGACGGCCCCUCGCGUCCAGACCCUCGAGUUCCAUUUUCGGGUCGUAAGGAGACGGAAUUGGGGUCGAGUAUGGAUUGA